UUUCGUCAGAGCGCCGCGUGGUGGUGAGCCCGGUCGGUUCGACGAAAGCGAGAGAGAGAGUUCCUCCUGGUCGAGACGGAAUAUAAGGAUCGAUUCGGGCUUUCUCCAACAGUGCUUCGCCCGCUGGCUCGCUUUUGGAAUCUAUCCGGUGCUCGAAUCUCUCUCUGUGUCGACCUCUCCGCCUUUUGCCUUUUCGCCUCGCUUUCAGCUUGGAGGUUGUCAUGGAUGAUAAAUCUGAGGAAGUCUUGAAGGAUUUCCAUAUACCUGAUUACAUACUUGUACCUGGAUCUAAUGUCAAAACUACUUCCCAUAUACCCUCAUGUCCAGUGAUCGCGUUCAUAAACUCUAAGAGUGGUGGUCAGCUAGGGGGAGAACUUCUCGUCACAUACCGCUCUCUUCUUAAUAAGAAUCAGGUUUUUGACCUGGGAGAGAAUGCUCCUGAUAAGGUGUUGCAUCAGCUUUAUGCUACUCUUGAAGUGCUGAAGAGUACAGGAGAUGUUUUAGCUGGAGAAGUUCAGAAAAAAUUAAGAAUAAUUGUUGCAGGUGGAGAUGGCACAGCCAGCUGGCUUCUGGGGGUUAUCUCUGAUCUCAAACUACCCAACCCACCACCUGUUGCCACUGUACCUCUGGGAACGGGGAAUAAUCUUCCAUUUUCAUUUGGCUGGGGAAAGAAAAAUCCUGGGACGGAUAGGCACUCUGUCCAGUCGUUCUUGAAUCAAGUGAAGACCGCAAAAGAAAUGAAGAUGGAUAGCUGGCACAUGAUCAUGAGAAUGAGGAUUCCAAAACAAGGUGCAUGUGACCCUAUUGCUCCUCCCGAACUACCACAUUCCUUGCAUGCAUUUCAUCGUGUCUCGAAGACAGAUGAACUGAACAUGGAGGGGUGCCACACAUUUCGUGGGGGAUUUUGGAAUUACUUUAGCAUGGGAAUGGAUGCUCAAGUAUCAUAUGCAUUUCACUCAGAGAGGAAGUUACAUCCUGAGAAGUUUAAGAACCAGCUUGUUAAUCAGAGUACUUACUUGAAGCUUGGAUGUACUCAAGGAUGGUUUUGUCCUUCUCUUUGUCAUCCUUCUUCGCGGAAUAUGGCACAGUUGACAAAGGUGAAAAUAAUGAGAAAACACGGCCAGUGGGAGGACCUCAACGUACCUAGCAGCAUCAGGUCUAUCGUGUGCCUCAACUUGCCUAGUUUUUCAGGCGGACUCAACCCUUGGGGAAAUCCAAACACAAGAAAAUCGACUUAUAGAGACUUGACUCCUCCAUAUGUCGAUGAUGGCCUUCUUGAGAUUGUCGGUUUUAAAAAUGCUUGGCAUGGCCUUGUAUUGCUCUCUUCAAAAGGGCACGGUACUCGUCUCGCACAGACAAGUAGAGUUCGCUUCGAGUUCCAUAAGGGGGCAGCAGACCACACAUUCAUGAGAAUGGAUGGGGAACCUUGGAAACAACCCCUACCAGUCGACGACGACACUGUCGUUGUUGAGAUCUCCCCAUCCAGCCAAGUAACGAUGCUAGCCACCCCUCUUUGCCAGUCCAAAAGUAUAUAUGACCCCUCUUCCCCCACGGUAUAUCAGGACAAUGAUGACAACAGCAGUGAAGAAGAAGGCGGAGAAGACUGGGAAGAGCGAAGGAAGUUUGGUGCUGCGGAAACUUUCAAAAUUCCAGAUGGCAUCGAAAUCUCCCAUCUCAGUUAAGCACGGAAUUCGAGUUCUUUGGUGGGAUCUCCAUUUACAUGUAUUGAUUCCCCUUGUCGAUGAUUUGACUGGUCCUAGGAUUCUGUGUAGUUAUGAAGGUUCACUUAGUAGGUAUUCCCGAGUUAGAGAUUCAUCAUAGAUAAACCCUGCUAAUUUGCUAACCUGUAGUUUCUCGAGUUAAGGCCAUAUCGUCGUGUACAGCUCAUGGCUACUAAUUAGAUUCCAGCCCUGACUUGACCGAUUAGUUCUCACUUGUUAACUUCAUUGUUUCGAGUACAUUAGUGUGUAGCUCCCGGGGUCAGAUGCCCUUGCUUGAAUUAAUUCAGUUUGGUGUGUUCUUUCUGCCA